GUUAAAUUUUUACUAGAUACACAAUGUCUUCAAACCCCAACCUCAACAACAGCCAUGCCCUCAUUAUCGGCGCAUCUGGCCUUAUCGGCUGGUCUGUCGUAAACCAGCUCCUCCAACCAUACCCCCCAUCGUCCCCAUUUUCAAAAAUCACAGCUCUUGUGAAUCGUCCCCUAAAACUCGGGGAUUCGUUUUGGCCAGAGCCAGGACCUGGACGACCGGAAUUGGAGCUGGUGUGGGGAGUGGAUUUAUUGGGUGCAGGUGAGGAGUUUGAGGAGGUUUUGAGGGAGAGGGUGAAGGAUGUUGAGGGGGUUAGUUGUGUGUUUUACUGCGCGUUUAAGCAGGAGGACGAUGAGCUGAAAGAAGUCGAUGUAAAUGUCGGCAUGAUGCGGAGAGUCGUUCGUGCUGUAAAAAAGCUGUCUUUGAAUUUCAAAUUCUUUGUGUACCCUGGCGGAACAAGAGGUUAUGGCAUCUACCGUUCUGGUGGCAUCUUCAUCGCGCCUCUCGUAGAAUCCAUGGCCGACACCCUCCCCUCAGAUUACGCGCAGACAGUAUCAUAUCCGCACUACCGCGCCCUUCUCACUCAAGAAAGCGACGGCCAGAACUGGACAUGGUGUGAGCUAUGCCCGGACGCUAUCACCGGCUUCACUCCAAACGGAAGCGGGUAUUCUCUCGCUGGUCACUGGGCCGUGUACCUAUUUACCUGGAAACUUGUUUACGGCAAUGGUGCCGAAAUCCCGUAUCCAGGUACAAGAGAAGGGUAUGACUCUAAGUACACGGAAACGAGCGCUAGGACGCUGGCGAGAGUGGGAAUCUAUGCGUAUCUGCAUCCGGAGGAGUUUAGAGAAAGGGUUUAUAAUGUUGCAGAUAGCGGGACGCCUGGUACCAUGAGAGAGCGGUGGCCGCAGAUUGCUCGGUGGUUUGGAUUGAAAGGGGUUCCACCACCAGUACUGGCGAGUGCGAGCGACCAGAAACCGGGAGAGUUCGUUCGGGAGCACCAGGGGAAGCUAAAAGCUGCGGGUGUGAAAGGUGUGGAUAUCUGGCACUCGCAGCAACUGGAUAGCUAUGGAUAUUGGCUGUCGUUCGACCGACAGCUUAGUUUGAAGAGGCUAAGGGAAGCGGGAUUUAAGGAGGAGAGGAAGCCAGAAGAUGGGUGGUUUGAGGCUUUUGAGGGGUUUAAGGAGGCAGGGAUGAUUCGGUAGAGAACCUUACC